GACGCAGCAGAUGCGAUUUGGGAUGGAGAUACAAAAUUGCAAUACGAAAUGGAAAACGAAGCAAAGAGGCUGACAAUGCUGUGGUUGAAGGAGUGGUACUUAGCCCAACAAGAUUCUUUUGUUACUGUUAGCAAGAACAUUUUUCUCUUGAAUUUGAAGGGAUUGUGGAUUCCCUUUCUUUCACCUCUCCUCUUUUUAAUGUACGAGCUUAUCCUCGAGACUGCGCCAUAACUUAGCCCCCCUUCCUUGUCUGAACUCAACCUCUUCACCUCCUCCACGACAUCUACAGGUAUCAUCCACAGUGGUCGGAGGCUUUAUGUCCAGCAAACGGACGAUUUGACUUUCAUCUAUCAUGGAAUAGAGAAAAUGACGGUUCAAAACCAGAACUCUGGGUAUGCGAAAUCACGGAGUGCGGUGCAUCUCUCUGCGGUCUGCCGAUUGAACUUAGAAAUUCUGCAUUAAGUAGGAGCUUUUUCACGGCAUAGCGUGGAAAUGAAGUAUAGCGUGUACCAGUGCAACGAAGGACUUUCACGGCAUAGCGUGGAAAUGAAGUAUAGCGUGUACCAGUGCAACGAAGGACGAAGAUCAUAAUGCCAAUACCUCACCGAGACUCAUAAAAAUGAAGAUGAGAAAAGAAAUGCACAUCUUCGUGCGUGUGCCUUUCCUCAAUUUCAAUAUGAUUUGG